GUGUCGGUUUCUGGAGCAGCGCUAAUAAAUUUUUGCGAGGAUGUGCUCGCGGUGUUCUGCAUCACAAAUUUACCUUCUGGCCAAAUAGUUCCAAGCAGUGCUUUUAUGCGUUGUAAAAUACAACGCCCCUUGCAGCUCCCCGUAGAAAAAAAACAAUGCAGCCCAGCCGAAAUUGAAUGAAAGCCACCGUGCGUGAAUUCUGAAGCCCGUGAAAAAUACCGUGGGGAAAACCAACUCCCUCGAACGGGAAGGUGAAAUCCGCGACGAAAAAAGGUCUCGUUCGUCGUUUGUGCCGAGUGCGCGUGCGUGCGUGCGUGCUUGUUUUCGGUGAGUUUUGCGGUGUGACGUGCGUGUAUAUGCGUAUGUGUGUGUGUGUUUUGGAAAGCGGAAGGGCCGGUAGUGGCCCGCGACGGGUGCUGUCGCGGUGUUACAAGAAAGGUAUGCGCGCGCGUUGCCGUUGAAUUCUUGUGUGGUUUGGCGUACCUUUGGCAAGGAUUGGACGCGCGCGCGUGAGUGUGUGUGUAUGUGAAUGUGUGCCCGUGGUUUUGCAUCCAUCCGCGAGGAAAAGGUGCGAGCAGUGCAUUUACAUUGGGGCAGCCAUUCCAGGUUGCGGGGAAGAACAGCGAAGAAAAAUCUAAGAAAAACACUACACGAGAAAAGAGCUAAGUUUGCUUCCACGAAACAGCGCAGAAAAGUUUAAACAUCAAUCCGACGAGACGCCCGAAGAAAGGGAUAGAGGGCAGAAGUUCUUUCAUCCAGCCGCCUGCCCACCCGUUUGCAGCUCGCCAGGGGCGGCGGGAGAAAAUUCUGUCCCCGGAGAAACGCGCCGUUCUGGGGAAAAGAUAAACACAGUUCUGAAGCAUUUACCCCAACUUAAUGGUGCAGCAUUAAGGAGCCCGAGCCAAGGCAUCGGUUGGCGGGAAGUUCCCAAACGCCUGCUAGUGGAGCACAUCGUUGGGUCUUCCUCUGGCCGACCAUCACACCCACCAUUCGCACCACCCUUCCUCCACCCCCCCAAAACGGCUCGUGAAUGAUGUCCGUGCAGCAGUACUGUCUCCGGUGGAACAACCAUCAGCCGAACUUCAUCUCGGUCUUCUCGACGCUGCUGCACAAUGAGAGCCUGGUCGAUGUUACGCUGGCCGCCGAAGGACGACAGCUGCAGGCGCACAAGGUCGUCCUUUCGGCGUGCAGUUCCUACUUUCAGUCCCUGUUCACCGCCAAUCCCUGCCAGCACCCGAUCGUGAUACUGAAGGACGUGCAGUACAACGACCUGAAGACGAUGGUGGACUUCAUGUACUACGGCGAGGUGAACGUGUCGACCGAGCAGUUACCGCAGGUGCUCAAGACGGCCGAGAUGCUGAAAAUCAAGGGCCUGGCGGAGAUGCCGGACGCGUCGGCCGUGUGCAAGGCGGACCUGAGCAAGCUCGAUCCGUCGGAUCUGAUACAGGCGGGCGCUGUCGUGGCGGGAACGGCCGGUGACGCGAUAUGGGGCAGUGCUGAAUCUCAACAGCAGCAGCAACAACAGCAGCAGCAGCAGCAAGCACAGCAGCAACAGCAGGCACAACAUCAUCAACAGCAAGCCCAGCAGCAACAAUAUCAUCACCAACAACAGCAGCAGCAGCAGCAACAGCAACAACAGCAACAGCAGCAGCAGUUGCACCAACAACCCCAGCUAAGGCGAUCUCCCUCCCCCCAAACCAACAUGUCCCCGGCGGCUCGAAGGAAGCGGUUACGAAAGACCUCCACCGGUUCCGGUUCCCUUUCGACCGAGCGGCUUCAGCAGCAACAGCAGCAACAGCAGCAGCAACAACAGGCCGCCGUAGCUGCGGCGGCGGCUCAACAGCAGGCGGCCGCAGUAGCGGCGGCAGCAGCAGCCGCCGCGGCCGCCCAACAGCAGGCGGACGAGCACGGUGGCAGUGGGGACGGGACCACGCUAAACCUGGUGCCCCAUCUGCACAUCCAGCAACAGGUCGACAACAUAUCCUACGGCACGACGACGGCGCACGGGGCGCUGGCGCUGGGAGCCGCGUCCGCUGCAGCCGCGGCCGCCGCAGCCGCAGCCGCCGUUGCCGGCAACAACAUCCGCAUCAUCAAGGAAAGCCCGAGCUCGGAUGUUGACCAGCAGCAGCACGAGUCUUCGCAGGAGAGUGUCGACGAGACGGGUCACCAUAUGCCGAGCAUUAUCAAAACGGAAGACCUGAGCGGCGUGACGCAGACCAUACCGAUGGACAUCUCGACGACACCGACGGCCGUGAACAUUACGCAAUCGCAAUCGCAACACACCGGUGGGCAAUGGACGGUAAUCGAUACGAAUUAUUCGCGGUUUGGCAUUACGCCCUGUCAGACGAAUUUAGGCCUGCAGCAACAGCAGCAGCAGCAGCAGCAGCAACAUCAGCAACAACAGCAGCAGCAGCAACAGCAGCAACAUCAACAGCAACAACAUCAGCAGCAGGUUCAGCAGCAGCAGCAACAUCAUCAACAGCAAUCGAGUCAGCAGCAACAUCAGCAUCAAGCUGGUGAUAGUCAGUCGCUAAGUAGUGGCGGCAACACCGCAAACAGUACGACGAAUGGUGGCGCUGGUGGUACCGGCGGAGGCACUGGUGGGGCCGGUUCGGCCGGGGCCAACAAUGGGAAUACGCUUACGAACGCGUCGGCAACGAACUCGAACGCCACGACGCCACAACCGACGACGCCCGUACAAAUCUACCAGCAUCCCUUCUCGCCCCAGAUCAUCUCGGUCAAUCCGAACAACAUGGUCAACAGCUACCAGUCAUCGAACAUUUCCACCCCAACGUCACCGCAGGCAGGAGGCGACCAGACGACGGCCGGGCUGGUAUACAGUACGGGCACACCGAACCAAUCCCCGCUCGGGACGGCCACGGCCACCACGACGACGACAAACGCGGCCGGAGCGCCCGGCAACAACGGAGCGACGGUGGCGGCCGGUGGAAACGGGGCUGCCGGUGGCAAUGGAACUACCGCCGGGGCGGGAGCGACCGGUACCGGGACGGUGCAACCGGUCAAGCGGAAACGAUCCGUCAAUCCGCAGGGUGACGAAAACUUCCUGCGUGCCCUCGAGGCGGUCCGCUUCGGAGGCAUCGGAUUCUGCAAGGCGGCUCGCCUGUACGGCGUGAACAACCGGACCCUGUGGCUCGAGUACAAAAAGCGAGGCUACCCGAUCAGCCGGCCGAGCAUUAAGAACCGGAUCAAGCUGGAACCGAACAUAUCGCCACCCCCGACGGCCACAACGCCACCCGGAGACGAGAAUGCGUCUAUGGAACACUACGAUACGGCCCUUUCGUCCCCGGCGCUCAACAUGUCCCUGCAGCAACAGCAGCAGCAGCAGCAACAGCAACAUCAAGCGACGCAACAGCAAGUGACCGCGGCACAACAACAACAGCAGCAGCAGCAACAAACUCAACAGCACCAACAAGCCCAGCAGCAACAGCAGCAGAGUAAUGACACGACGAAUGCGGCGGCGGCGGCAGCAGCUGCAGCGGCCGUUGCUGCAUCAUCCACCUCCCUCAUGUGCCCCCCGCACGGGCAUCCGAUGGGUGUGAUGGGGUUCGUUGAUACGCGGCACGUCGAUUUCACGACCACGGCCAGCCUGCACCCGAUGGCCCGCCAGCGGUACCCGGACACGGCGACCAUCAACAUGAACACGAGCGCGGUCAACCUGCAGGGGCUGAACUUCAACUCCAUGUAAGGGGACGGGUGGCUUCGCGUUGUGGCUGUGAACAGUGGUCCCGAUCCGAGCGUAUCGCUUGAGGAGCCAUCUACGGAGGGGGCGGCGGAGACCUAGAGCCUCCACGCACACCGCCACCUCCGGCGCAGACACUGAAAUCGUCGAAGUCACAAGAUCGUCGCGCAUGAUGCUUGUUCGUGUGGCAUCUAUUUUCUAUUGUACAUAUUGGUACCCUAAGCAAACGGUAGCUUCCAGGUGUCCUGAUCGUCUGGUAUCUCCUGGUUGGAACGUUUAUCCGCCACCAUCAUAUGCACCCACGCUCUCUUUCUCUCUCUCUCUCUCUCUCUCUCUCUACAGUAUGGAACAUGUUCUCUUCUUCUUGCUUCACGUGUGUUUUCGCACGAAGCUGCGGGCUUCGGAUUUCACUAAGAAAUUCACUCGUUGGUAAUUCACGGGGUUAAAAACGGGAACUUUAUUUGUUUCUAUCACUUAACAGCACUAGUUAACGCGACUAGCGAUUUGACACGAAGCCUUGGGUUUCACGUCGAAACGUUGGGUUAGCGCGAAAGGUCCGGCUUGAUCCUCUCGUCUCCUGGUGUGACGGUUGCAGCCUCCAGCUCUCCCUUCGCUCCGCCGUUCUCUUUCCGAUCAACGUGGCCCGUAAAUGCCACGUGUCUGGGCGUUUUUGGCCAGGGUCAUUUUUCACUCGAGUUUUUUUACGGAUCGCGACAGUAUUUUGCCUUACAAACGGCACUUUUCGCGAUCACG